AUGUUGCUAAGACGAUUCUUUGAACGAGCACGUACUCGUUCAUCCGGUGAUACAAAUAAACAAACAUGUUUAUGUACAACAGCUAAACGAGAUUCAUUCUAUGAUGAUUUACCAAAAUCAUCUACUAAAACUAAUGAACAACAUUCAAUUGAUCAAUAUGGAUUUUUUCGAUCAGGUAUAAUAUUCAUUUUUGAUUGUUGUUGUCAAUAUUGUUCUAUUGAUCAUUAUAUUAUCCUAACUAUACCAAUAAAUAGAAUAGUAGACAACAUCUGUGUUUAUUUAGAUAAACCACGACGAUUAAUUCGUCAAGCAAAUACAGAUGAAUCUGAUGGUGAAGAUGAUAUGAGUAUAAGAGAAAAACUACGACGUGCAUCAUCACAAUCACCUGCUAAUAUUCCAAUGUUAGUUGUUGUGACAUUUAAUCCUGAUGCGAAAGGUUUACAGAAGAAGCAAAUUGAAAUUCAACGAGGUUUUCCUGUGAAUGCACAAUUUAUUGUAAAUGAAUGGUUAUUUAUUAAGACAGCUGAUAAUGAAGAAGGUUUUGUUCCAUAUGUCUGUUGUUGUCCGAUUUUACGUCGACAACCAUCGAAACACACAAAUGAUAUGGAAAAUUUUUAUAAACCAUAUGAUUUCGAAUUAAAUAAAACAUGUCAAAUAAAAUCUCCAUCAACCAGUAUUCCAACAGUAACACCUCCAGCAAAUAAAAAAUUUUCUUUAGUAUCAACACUUGGUUCACAAUCAUUUUUAUUUCAAAAUUCAUUUUCAUGUAAAAAACGUCAAGAUGUGACAUCAUCAUCAUGUGGUGGAGAUUCAGGAUUUUCAGAUUGUGAAUCAUCAUCACAUAAUCAUCAUAGUUUUGAUUUAUCAACACAACGUUAUACACGUUUAUCAAAUAUACGUCCAUUACGUUCAUCUUCAAAUGUAUUAAAAAAACAAGGUCAAAUUGUACAAGAUUUUUCUAUUAAAAAAUCAAUUAAAAGUAAUAUAACAACUUCAAAAUCAGAUGCUUCUCAUCGAUUGAAAUCUCAAUUGUCCGUAUCCACUAAUAGUGCAUUUACACAAUUUGUUAAAAAGCAUGUUAAUCAGAAUCAACUACAAGAGAGCAAUCAACGUCAAUCAUCCUAUUCAAAUACUCGAUUAUUUCAUCAUCAACAAGAAAUAUCAUCAAUAUCAUCUUCAAUAAGUAAUCUUCGUCGUCCAUAUGAUAGUUAUGAUGAAACAAGAAAUUUUUCAUCACCAUCUUCAAAAUGUCCUAGUUCUGCUGGUGUAAGUAGUACUGUUUCUUCACCAUAUAUUCGUCGUACACCAUUUGCUCGACGUUCUCUACCACAUCAUCCUAUAUUAAAAAAACCUUUAAAACCCAUGUUAUCAUCAUCACCGGACCCAUUUAAAACAACACCAAUUAAAAAAGAACAACAAUUACGACAUGUUGUUCUUGCUGAACCAUCCUUACCACCAGCUAUUACACCAUUUCAAUCGACAAUGGAAAGACAUUUUUCAGAUUUAAGUCUUAAUCAAAUUGAAAAUGAUUCAUUAGUACCAUCGACAUCUGCAGUAUUUGUUUAUAGUCGACCAUCUCUAUCUUGUUCAUCAACAAGUUCAGCAUCAACAGUAUCAUCAACUGAUGAUAGUACAACUUCAUUUAUACAUAUUCAAAUGAAUAAUUCUAGAUGUGAUGUUAUACAUCGAGGUGAUCCUAUACCACUUGUUUUUUCUUCAACAAAUAAUAACAAUACAACAGCAACAGCCAAAUCAUCCAGUUUUAUUCAUAAUGUUUCGAUAACUGUCUAA